CCCCUGGUUUUGUUUCACACGCCAUCUCUGAUCGCGUAACCGACCAUCACUUACGACACUAGUGACUUGACCUCUCUCAGAGGGAGAGAUGAGAUGAGAGAAGAACCAAAACAGAAAAAAAUGUGUCUAAUCUAGCUCUCUACGCGCACAUGUCCACACCCGAUUCCUCCCUCUCCGCCGCAGACUCGAGCAUGGACCACGACAACAAGACUUUACCCACCAACGCCGGCGAGGAAGGCGGCGACGCCGAGAUGUGGGGGACCUUCGACAAGAACUUUCGGCAGGUGCAGAGCGUGCUGGACCGGAACCGGGCGCUGAUCCAGCAGGUGAACGAGAACCACCAGUCGAAGAUCCCGGACAACAUGGUGAAGAACGUGGCGCUCAUCAAAGAGAUCAACAGCAACAUCUCCAAGGUCGUCUCACUCUACUCCGACCUCUCCUCCAACUUCUCCUCCCUGUUCCACCAACGCUCCUCCGCCAAAUCCCCCAAGACCUAGAGUCCCGAGCCCUGAAAUUCUCCUAGAGGAUUACAGUGGAACAACCUACUUUCCUGUUCAAUUCACCAACCCAAAGAGGUAUUUAUGAUCUGUUUGCUCACAUGAAUUCUUGCUUAUGCGCUGUAUGAUGAGUAAUUGCUCUUGUUUGAAGGUGGGGUUGCAUGGUUUUGGAUUUGAUAUCUCAAAGCAACAACCUCCGCUAAGAAGAGGUGUUCGAAAGAUGCAAUGUCGCUUCAAAUUGGUUUGUUAUAUUGAUUGAGCUCUUCUUUUGGUUGUUAAAAGCUUAUCCAUAGUAGAUGGGAAUUAGGGUUUUCUCAAGUACUGUACUGAGCACAAUCACGCAAUCAUUGUGUGGUUUCACUCUCGUAAUGUAAUUAAUAAGUAGUUCUUGUAAUUGUCAUCGUUUCAAUUGAAAUGGAAAAGAAUUAUUUUUUUGUCAAAA